CUGCAAACACAUCAAAUAGUAAAUUUCAAAUGACUUUUAAGCUUUUCUUCUGUAUCUUUAUUUAUUGCGAGGAAGCGGAAAUCAGUUUAUGAGAAUUUUGAACACAGCGAUCCUUCAUCCGUACCAAUUUGUUUAACAUUUUGCGUUGCGACGUUUUACAGAGUACACGCCGUACGCACUGCUAGUUCGAUAUCAUUCAGAUCUCUAUCCUACAUUAGAAUGGGUCGUAUGCAUUUCAGUUGCAUAAUGUAUCACCAAACUUUGAAUUUUUCGUCAUAUCUUAAUAUCUACAUAUCAAUUUUCUCUAAUAAUUUAAUCCUAAGUACCAUCACAGAAUGAUAAAAUCAGCCCAGCUUGUACUUAUCAUAUUUCUGAUAAAGCUCCACACCUACAAUACUGAUUUAAAUACUAACCCAGUAUCUUCAAUAGCACCGGAUUAUGACUAAUCCGUCCAAAAUUAAACCACUCUCAAUUGUGACCAGGCAAUAAAGGGGGCUGUUGUACAAACAAUUAUGUUGAUAAAUUAAUAAUUCUAAUAAUGAAGUUUGUGACGUUAAGACUGAAGCGCCGAAGGACCGCUCCAUUUUAUAUUUUCAUAGCUUCUUUUGUUUUGUUAUGUGUUAUUCUUGUGACGAUACACAAUAACCAACACGAAAAUGGGGACAUUAUUUCAGUCUCCAGAAGUGCAGGACAGAGCGAGCCAGAUGACAGAUUAAAUUUCGAAUAUUCUAUUUCACUGGAGGCAACUGAUGUUGAUCGCUUAGAUAAGAUAAAUGAAACGUCAAAUAGUAUCCAUGAUCUGGAUGGACAACUUGUGUCACGAGUUAUGGACGAAUCUACACCAAUUUCUGAAGAAAAAAUUGACCAGGAAAUUCAGACGGAGACAUAUGUGACAAGUGUGGAGGAAAAUUUGUUGCCAGAACUUAAAGAUGAUGUAAUUUCAAAUGUUGAAACUGAGGAACCGGAAAAUAAUCACAAAACUGAAUUUCAAAAUUUUCUCCAGGAAAGUCUUUCGACACUGCUUGCUGCAAUAGGAAACACAAUCCGACCUAUCAGCAAAGAAGAUGCUUUGGCCAAACAAAGAGACAGGAUUCAACGGUCCUUGCAGAACUAUAGCAGAGAUGAAGCAGGGGAAGAAUUUAAUUUAUCAAGAUACCAGAUUCAAGAAGGUGGAAGUCCCAUUCGCAAUGUAAUUUUUACUACAUGGAGAUCUGGUUCAACAUUUCUUGGAGAAGCUAUUAGCAGUUACCCCUCAAUGUUUUAUCACUACGAACCGCUUUUACAUUUUGAAAUUGUGCAGGCACGAUCUUCGCCACUAGCGGAUGAAGGGUUACGUGUGAUAAGACAACUUCUCGACUGCAAUUAUACAGAUUUACGAGACUAUAUAAAUUAUGGCAAACGUCACAUAAAUCUCCAUACACAUAACUUCCGCCUGUGGAGGCAUUGUAAAAACAAUCCCGAGCUUUUGUGUGGAGAUCCAGAUUUUUUGUCAAGAAUGUGCCAAAUGUUUCCAUUUCAAAUAAUGAAGACUGUGAGAAUGCGACUUCGAUAUGCAGAAUCUUUACUACAAGACCCUAAGCUAGAUGUUCGAAUACUGUUUUUAGUUCGAGACCCCAGAGGAACUUUGAAUUCUAGGAAAAAUCGGGAUUGGUGUCCUACGAAUCCAGACUGUUUCCAACCCUCCAGUCUCUGUUCUGAUCUGGUGGAUGACUACCAAGCUGCAGCCUCUCUGCGCGAAAAAUUUCCAGAUAGGUUUUUAAUGGUUCGCUACGAAGACAUUUCCAUGAAUCCGUUUUCUGGAAUGAAGCGUGUCUUGAAUUUCUUCCGGCUGAAAUAUCAUCCACAUGUUGAUGCCUAUAUUCGAACCCAUACGACGAAUACAAUGGGUGGAGUCUCCAGCACCUUCCGCCACUCAAAGUCAACCCCAUUUCAAUGGAUCAAAUACUUUGCAGACGGCAAUAAUACUGAAGAAUUGGAGCAUGUUGAGGAACAAUGUGGAAAGGCAAUGCAACUCUGGGGAUAUGCCCCCUUGGAUUUGGACACCAGCAAUAAUGCUACCGAGUCCAUGAUAUUGUUGAAAGCUCCAUGGCCGGAAAUGGUCCUCGCACCAGAUGACGAGCUCAACACUAGUGAAAAUCAUCAAGUGUCACCUGAAAGGUGACCCAGAUCUCACAAUUAGAAGAAUGAAGUCUAAAUAAUUUGUUGGUUGUUUUAAGAAUAUUAAUUUAUCGUCGUUUAAAUGUAGCAAUAAAAGCGUAUGUUCUACAAAAA